GGGGGGGGGGGGAGUUGCACUGGAUCUGAUCCUUCUCCAAGUAGCGUUGCCAUUGCUGAUCCGACCAAAAAAUAACAUGACAUUUGUGUUUUGCUGUUGCUGUCGCUUCUUGAAGUGGGAAAAUACUUCGGAGAGACAGUCUCUCCUUCACCCAGUGACACAGGCCUCCCCAACGGCCACUGCCAUGGAAAAGCGCACCAGGAUGACCCCGAAACGCAUGGGGGUGCCGGAGAUCGACCAGGCCUUCGUGGACAUCGCGGAGACCUUUAAUAGGCAGCAGGAACAUUACAAGACCAUGACAGAAUGCUUGACCGACUUGAGGGGGAGAUAUCGCUGUUCCCAUGGAGACGGCCUUUCUGUCUGCAUGAGGAACAUAAGAGACGAGCACACUGCUUACAGCCCCAGUCUCCAGAUGAAGGGCUAUGAUUUCUCACUGGUGCUUCCCCCGGGCCCAGUACCGAAACGACUACAGGAGACCCAGCAGCGGUUGAGGGCAAUAUGUCUGGCAGCCAAGGCCAUCACGGAGACAAGCACCAAGUUGCAGGAGAUGAUUGACUGGGUGCUGCAGUGCGAAGCAGAGUUUGCCCAGCAGGUCGGCAAUGCCGCCCUGACGUAUUUGGACCAGCGACGGGUAGAAGCCAACCUCAGACAGAACAUGGAGGAGGCCCGACGGGCCAGGGAUCUGUCGCAAAAAUACAGACAUGAAGCGGGUGACCUGAUGAAGGAGGUGGCCCAGCUUUCAGGUGUCAAUCUUGCUCCUUAAACCCAACACGCAGGAUAAUUGUGGUAUUGCUUAAUACCUGUUGCAUAUAAAUAACAGCCUGCAACAGUAUUGGGGGGGAGGGAUUUCAGGAACUAACUUAUAAAUAUAAUCUCCCUUUUUCUAUGAGGAAAUACUGUAGAUUGGUGUUGCAACAGUAAAUUAGUAUUUUGUUAAAAUGGGGAACAAGUUUUAAAAGCAAAUGUCUCCCCAUUUACCCGCCGUUUCUAAACAUGCUCAUUGCUGUCAUCAGAGGGUCAGUCUUUGGCUGUGCUGCCUGCUCCGAUUUUUCCUUUUCACAGAUAUAAGCUAUAUAGACAGCAGUAGAGGGGUGGUGUGCAGCUCAGUGAGUUGGAAUGCUGCGUCUGUGAUCGGAAGGUUGCCGGUUCAAAUCCCAAGCUUCUCAGGGUGAUUUGACCCUUGUUCAAGGCCCUUAACCCCCAACUACUUCAGGAACUGUAUAUUGAUUUGGGUAAAAAAUGUCUGCUGAAUAUAAACAGAACAUGAACUACUGGAAAUGAGCAGCCGGUCAUCUUUCUGGGUUUCCAAAGACAGAGAGAGUCAGAAGCAUUUGAAUUGAAGACCCCCACCGAAAUCUUUCCGUCCUACUGGAUCUCUGGCUGCAGCACCAUUGUUUGUUAUGCUGUGACCUUAAUUGGAUUUGACAGUGGAUAGCUAACAGUAACAUUUCCCAAGUCGAUUCAUGGCUCAAUUAAGCCGGCUCCCACGGUCGGCACGGAGAGGCUGAGUAAUUACCGCGGGCUUUCAAAACAUGACGUACACCACCGGUGGGAAGCCGAGAAGCUGAAAAAGACUGUUCUUCGGUGAGAUACAGUCAGCACAAUGCAUUGAAUCCUAUAUCAAUACAUUUUUAAAAUAUGUCAUACCCUGAAAUGACUAUGACUGACGCAAAUGUUAAGGUAUGCUAGCUGCUGAACAUGGAAGAAGUUGACAGAAUAUGUAGUACAACCCCUGUUGGAGAGCAACUUUCCUGUUGCUUUUUCAAACACAAAAACGUGUUUGUGUUUUAAAAAACGAAGUUUUUAUGGAGGCGUACAUGAACAUUAAUUGUCAAUAUUUUAAAUCGUUGUGAUGCAGAAUUUGAAUUUAAGAUUAAGAUGAAGUGACACAUUUAUAUGAAAUAACAAUGAUUUUUUUUAAAAUAUCCGUCAGCUUGUUUGUUUUCGUUUUGAAUAGCUAUAUUCCUAGCCAGAAAAAGUAGCAAAGCUACAAUGAAUUCUGAGUUAUAAACAUUUAGCAAUAUGUAUUAUUGCAACAUAUUAAAUGAAAGGAAGCUUUCAAUUAAUUGUUGUGUAGUGUUUUAUAACGAUGACGCGCGAAACCUUUCCUAAUGAGUAAAUGACUCAUCGCGCAAAAUGUCUGUCCUUGACAGCGCAGUUUACAAAUAAAGCUGAAUAAAACCGG